CGUCCUGGUGCUACUUUUUAUGCUACUGCUGAUCUUCGUGCUGAUGCUCUUGCUCUUCUUGCUCGUAUUCGUGGUGGUGAUGCUGAUGGUCCUCAUCGUCCUGGUCGUCUUGCUGGUCUUGCUGCUGGUAGUUUUGGUGCUAUGACUGCUGGUAGUGCUUAUCGUGCUGGUUAUGAUGGUGAUGCCGCUCGUUAUACUCGUGCUCGUUUUGCUAAUCUUGAUGCUGCUUAUGCUCUUGGUGCUCUUGAUGCUGCUGCUGCUCGUGCUCGUGAUGUAAAAUUUUCCACUGGGCAAGCAACAAAAUCAAGUUAUGAUUUAAUCAUAGUCAAUUAUAAUCGAAAUUAUCAAUCUGAUUUUGAUUUUGAUUUUGUUGCAGAAUAA